AUGGCCACUUGUCGACGGAAGGUUGAGGUGCUGGUGGUUUUGUUGUUGACGUUAGUGCCUCGUCCCGGGCCCCUGGAACCGCGUCCUCCUUGUAUACGUGAUAAAGCGGCUCUCGUCAGGAAGUUGGUGAACAAGCGAUGGAUGCCUGUGCUGGAGAAGUACGGGGUGACGCUGCCCCUGGAGUGCCCCUUACAUAACGCCAGGGACGUGUUCGCGCGGCAGGAGGAAGCCAAAGUCCACGUGCCGCCCCAGUGGACCUGUGGGUUUUGCGGAAAGGCCUUCUACCACGAGGCGCACCUGGACAGACACCUCGACAACCGCCACGAGGAACACCUCAAUAAUGGCGAGGAUGCGGUGUGCCUAGCGGACUUCUGUGACGUCAUGCGGUGCGAGGUGUUGCUGGAGCGGCUCAGGGACUUCGAGGACACGCCCCCCGCUGCCACGGCGCUUGACCUGUGGCACCAGCCGCUCCUGCUGUCGUCGCCGUCGCUCCACCAGGGCCAGACGCAUUCAGACCAGGCGGUGGAGCGAGCCCUCCCACGCAGCCUGAUGAGGUCUUCCCACGCCUCCCACCCGUGGUACCAGUGGACGCGGCAGCCACGCCUCCGGGACCCUCCCCACCCGCCUCCGCCCUCCUCCACGACGCCUCGCCCCGCCCCCGAUCUGUCCCGCGAUCGCCCCGACGACGGCAGGAGGUCCGUGGACGACCCUGUGGUGGUGGCCGGAUGCGAUGCGGACGACGCCGACUGCGCCAACCCGCCGGAGGAGACACGUGACGGAUGUAUAACGCCCACAGAUGACAGCGGACAGGUGGGUGGGGGCCCGCGGGAGCUGCCUCUCCACCCGUUACACUCGUGGCGUGACACGUGUAACGAGGAACACCUGGCUGAGCUCAGGGUCAAGUGCCAGCAAUUGAUCCAGCAGUGCAUCGGGGGCCUACUGCUCAACCUAACACUGGAGCAAUUCAAGGAGGUUGAGGCUGCCCUGAGCCGUGCGGUGUGUUGGUACCUAACGUGUGAGAGGUACUGGGAGGCCGGUACCAUGGAGCCUCCAGAGUUCCCGUGGGGCCUCGUCACUGGUUUGGUUCUUCUGCUUACUCUCGGGGUGUCCCUCGCUUACUACAUCGUCUGGGUCCUGUGCGAGUCGCAGGAGGGCGCCGCGGCGUCGCCCACCCCCCUGCCGGAGGAGCGCCCCGGCCCGCCGCUCCGGCCCUCGAAGGCGCGCCACUCCGCCGCCACGGAGUCCGAGAGCGAGUGCCGGGACUCCGGCUUCAACGAGGGCCCUCUCUACCCCGACGUCAGCGACGCCAGCCACGCCUACAGCGACUAUGACGGCCAGUCCUACCGCUCACGACACUACUCGGAGGACUCGAGGCUCUCCUACGCGCCCGACGACCACGCCCACGCCCACGGGCACCCGUCGUCCAAGUACUACAUCACGGAGGAGCGCAUGUUCAACUACGCCACCACCUUCACGCCCAACUACGAGCAGCGGCGACUCAGAAGGAAUCGCUACAACUAUCUCGACGACUACGACGACUACCAGGACCUGGGCGAGCACGACAAAUACUACGACACCUCGAGUUUAAGUCAGGAGCAGAGCGACAGUUUCAUUUACGUCUCAUACCCACCUGAAGUUAAGAAAAGAUUCACGGAGAACAGGUGAUGAAGAGAUGAGGUGUUUUAUCGUUGAUGAACACAAUAAAAGAGAAAAACAAAAACAAAAAAAGAACAAAAGACAAUUAUAUGGGGAGGGGGGUUGAUAAACAUUUAGGCUUGUAUCUUCCAUGAAGUUUAUAUAGAGUGAUAUAUCCGUUAGUUGGUCGGUGUCAAACUCGGCAAAGAGUGCGGCGAGCAGAUGAUCUGCGAUGCGCCGGAGGAAUAAAGCCGUAGAGAUACUGUCUCAAGUACUGCCGCAGGACCGCCGUGAGGUAUGAGGUGUCGAAGACGUUUAUGAGUCACCUCGCCGGUUUCUAGCCAUAGAGACUCUGGAGCUUGUGGCUGUACAGUACAUUCCCAUGUCUUUCUUGGUUCACAGUUAUUACAAGCACGCUGUGUUUGACGAACUCCUAAUGGCAGGAACAAGGGCAAGCGUUAGUGAGAAUUCUGAGUUUGUGAUGAGGAGAUAAAAAACGAAAUUGAAAGACAAAAUACUAUAAAGUCUGUAACGAUAUUGUAGAUGAGAUAGAUAACGAGUGUUCCAAACAGACAAUAAGACAGGAAGCGACCGUGAGCAUACAUGAGCAUACAUAUAUGUGUAUUGACCCCUUUGUGGAUAUAUAUAUGUAUACAUAAUGAGUCUCACCAAUUUCCCUUUUUUGUAAAAUCUAGUUUGUUCAAGUAGUGAUUUUGUGAGUGAGGGAUAACGCGGUAGAAGUACAGGAAAAUAUAUUAUGAUGGACCAAAUAUAACUGUUUCAUGUUAGACGAUGAAAAUAAGCAUUGCUUACUAAGGCCUCUAGGGGCUAGGUGCUCCCCCUUCCCUGACCAAGACUCGGUAGGACUCUUAGACAUUCCUUGAGCUGUAGGGUC